AUGAUUGAUUCUCUGAUAUUUUGGUUUGGUUGGCUUUUUAUAUCAUCGGUCUAUGGUCAGAAAUAUGGUAGAUUCGACCAAACAGGAAAUGGGUUAGUAGAAGAUUUCAUGGCCAAUUCUUUCAAUAUAUCAUCUUGGAAACCGAUCUCUGCAAACAUCACUCCUGGACAACAACAUUUUUACUCUUUCCCAAUCAAUAUAAAUGCCUCAGGGACCGGAUUUGCACCAAGUUAUGAAGUGUUAGUCUUUAUAAGUGGUACUAUAUGUAGAUACCCUCUAUAUCUACCUAAUGAUAGGUUUGCCAUGGAACAGAACAUUAAAAAUAAUGUUACAAAUGAUGUAGAAUUGGCCAUGUGGUAUUCAUUUAACAAAUCAAUGGCCACAAAUAGAUCUUUAGCAAUACGCCAACUUUUUUCAGCUGGUUAUGUGGAAAGUCUAGCCGUCAGUCCCGUUAAAGUUAUUUAUAACAGCACUAACAAUACUUUGAUAGAUACGUUAACGUAUCCGGAUUUGUAUGUCAUGGUCCAAUUGUUCAACACUACUACAAAUGAACCUUUGGAAUCUGCAUCAGCUAAUCAAGACCUUGUUUGGAAUUAUAACUUAGCAAUUUCAGAGACCGAUUUAGUAUAUCAAUGGGAUGAAAGGUCUUGGCUGGAAUUAUUGGAUACCGAUGACAACUCUGCAUUACUUAUGUCUGGUAAUGUGACAAGCGACAGUCUAUCUGCGUCUACUAAUUACACAUUGUAUGACCCCUCCCUAUACGACGUUUAUAUUUACACUGAGGAGGAAUAUAAUAAGAUAGUUAAUGCAGAUUUAACCUAUUCUCUUUGUGCAAUUAAAAAUGGAAACUAUUUGACCACUUCUGCAACAGAAAACACAACAAGUAAAAAUUUAGAUGAGAACCAACUAAGAGUCCAAAAAUAUGUCUCCUCCAGUAAUUAUGGAAUGUCUGAAUAUUUCUAUGUGACGGGACUAAAUGCAUCAACCACCUAUUAUUCAUUCUUAGUGAAAAAAGUGGCACAAAGUGGUAAUUUAACCGAUGUUGGUGGUAUUUUAUUCGCUGCAGAAUCAUUUACUACAAUGGAUGAUGAUACCUGCUCUUUAAUCCAUAGUUUAGAGUUUUGCCGAGGGGUUGCAUAUGCAGUACCUUCUUCAUCACUUGCAGGCCAUAAUAAAACAUUGUUAGCUGCAACUUAUGAGGCUAUUGCGUCUCAACUGUACACUAAUUUUUCAUAUGCUUUGCAGUUGAUACCCUGCGAUGCUGAGUUAGAUGCAAGAUACUCUCCAUUAAGAACAUGUGAUGAUUGUGCAGAAUCUUAUAAAAAUUGGCUAUGUGCAGUUACUUUCCCUCGUUGCACCACUGUAGAGUCCCAAUAUUAUAUUAAAAGAAAAAAAGGCGAAAGUAGGAACUCUUUUAUUAACAGCUUUAUCAGGCCCUUACGUGACUACUAUGAAAUACUGCCCUGCAUCAAUAUGUGCUAUAAUAUGGUAAGAGAUUGUCCCAGUGCUUUUGGAUUUGCUUGCCCAUCUUCAGACAAGCAUGAAGAAUUAUUAUUACAUAGUUAUAAUUACUAUGUGGAAGAUGCUGACGUUCCAACUUGUUACACAUUAAGUAAUAAUUAA